AUGGCCUACGAUCCGGCGGCACUUGCACAAUCGGCAGAACCCUUCGUCCACGAUGUUUCGGGCGAAAUAUGGCAUCCCUUGUUCCAGCAGGAGUGUGCUUUCGGGCCCGACAUUUUUGAGGAUGUCAUGAUGAAUCUCAUCAAGAACCCAAACAUCAACUCGUCAUGGCUCUUCCGCGCCGAUAUCCUACAUGAUUCGGACCCGGGAUGGACACCUCCCCCUUCUCCCGGAUCUGAAGCCUCAGAAGAUGGCGUUGCACAAGUUGUGCAGCAGCAGCAGCAGCAGCAGCAGCCCCGUCCCGUUGCUUUUACGGAUUUCCACAACGACCGCGUCUUCGUGCGCAAGCUGAUCCCGCGCAACACCCGCCGGGACGACCCCCUGGAUCAGACGUGCGUCUUCGCCUCCUGUACCCCAGAUGCCACCAAAGCCAGGUCCCUAGUCGUCUACCUCCCCCACGCGUCCUCGCCCGACGCCCUACCCUUCUACCACCCCAAGGUCCGGGGCGUCGCGCACCUCCACGAGUGGGACGCUGCGCGUGCCGUCGGCACCGUCUCCAUCCACUAUCUCUUCUUCGAGGAGGCCGACUUCGCCGUCGAGAAGCUGGUCCGGACCGCCCGCAUGCUGCUCUCGGUGCUGUACAAGCACGGCCAGGGACGGGUCGGCGGAUACACCAAGCGAGUGCACCACGACGUAGUGAUUCCCCAGGCACGGUUCCAGAACCGCUAUGCUGAACUCAAGCUCAAGUAUGCCAAGGACCUGGUGGAAACCUGGGCUGAGACGACGGACCCGUCAAAGCACGUCUUUGAGGACUUGGGUAUCGCUGCUUUCUUGAUCGAGCUCUGGAAAGAAAUGUACGGGGGCCAGACGUUCCCCGGAUUCGUAGAUAUUGGCUGCGGCAACGGCCUGCUAGUUCAUCUGUUGAUUCAAGAGGGUUAUUCUGGCUGGGGCUUCGAUGCUAGAGCUAGGAAGUCCUGGGCCAAGUACAAUUCAGUCCAAGACGGGGGGGACUCCCUUCAGGCCCUGGUCCUCCUCCCCGAUAUUGUCUCCAGGCCCUCUAAUGCCGACAGCGAGGAAACCAUUUUGGAUUUAACCAAGAUACAUAACGGUGCUUUUCCUAAAGGCACUUUCAUCGUGUCCAACCACGCAGACGAGCUUACUCCUUGGACGCCGAUCCUCGCGACACUGUCGGAAAGCCCCUUCAUCAUGAUUCCCUGCUGCAGCCAUGCCCUGGGCGGUCAAAAAUAUCGUCCGCCCCCGCCGCGCGACAAGACCAAGUCGCAGUCGACGUACGCUUCCCUGGUUGACUGGGCGGCGCAGAUCGCCGAGGACUGCGGAUGGGUGGUGGAGACGGAAAUGCUUCGUAUCCCGAGCACACGGAAUACGGCGAUGCUGGGGAGGAAGCGGACGAGGGACUUCGAAGAGGUGGAUAUCGACGGGGUCUUGGCCAAGUACGGGGGUACGGAUGGGUACUUUGAGAGUGCUGCCAAGUUGACCAAGACUGAAAAGGGGCACUAG